AUCAUCAUCAUCAUCAUCAUCACUGGAGCAGCUGCAGAGGAGGCAGACACAGUGAAAUCACCGACGGGUCGUGAACGCAUCCUUCCUUCCAGACAUGGGUUGCUACGACUGCUGUAUGCGCUGUUUGGGUGGGGUGCCGUAUUGCUCCCUGGUCGCCACACUGCUGUGUUUCUCUGGCAUCGCCCUCUUCUGCGGCUGUGGGCACCAGGCGCUCACAGAGACAGAGAGACUCAUCGAGACUUACUUCGCCCGCAACCUUCAGGACUACAUCACCCUUGCCUACAUCAUACAAUAUUUCCAGUAUGUCAUCUACGGCCUGGCCUCCUUUUUCCUCCUCUACUGCAUCGUGCUGUUGGCCGAGGGCUUCUACACCACCAGCGUUGCCAGGCAAACCUUCGGGGAGUUCAGGAGCACCAUGUGCGGCCGCUGCCUCAGCUCCUCGUUCAUAGUGAUGACGUAUGUACUGGCUGUGCUGUGGCUGCUGGUGUUUGCCUUCUCCGCCCUGCCUGUCUACUUCUUCUACAACAUGGAUGCCACCUGCCACACUAUCGACGUCCUGACCGAGACCCCAGCGAGUAUCAACCAGCUCUGUGUCGACGCCAGGCAAUACGGGCUCCUGCCAUGGAAUGCAGUGCCAGGGAAAGCCUGUGGUAUGACUCUGUCCAAUGUUUGCAAGACCCGAGAGUACCGAACGACCUACGACCUCUACAUCGCCGCCUUCGCCGGAGCGGGCAUCACUCUGCUGGCUCUGCUGACCUAUACUGUGUCCACCACCUAUAACUUUGCGGUUCUGCGGUAUCACGGGAGAAAGGGGAUAGGUGCACGGUGCUAGGCUCGCCAGCUUCCUGCCCGCUCUGUCACUUCUUCACCACCAACAAGGGGCUCUAAAGGCAAAAACAACAAUUCUCUACUCCCACGUCCUCCUGCACGGGGCCACCUGUGGUUAUGGACUAUGAAAUCGUGUCUCUCCUUUGUUCUGUUUUUCAUUUCUCUUGUUGGAAACGUUAUUUUGUAUUUCUCUUUGUUUUUUGCAUACAUUUGUUUUUUCUGCUGUGUUUUUUCAGUUCACCAAACAUCUCUGUGAAUCAUUGCUUUCUUUCCUUGCUGAGGCUAGUGUCUCAGAUUAUUAUUUAGUGAAAUAAUAACACCACACUAAUAAAUUAACAAGUGCAAGAAAUACCCACCAACUGGCAACAUAUCUGCAGCUAGAAUGCAGCUGUUCCGGAGAAUGGGGGAUUAUGGGUUGCCUUAGCGACUGUCCCUCACAUCUGGUUGCCACGGUGGUAGAUGAGCGUGCAUUUGCAGUCUCAUGCUGACCUCGGGACUUUUCUCACGAGCCAGAGAAAGGCCUCAACAAUGAAGUCAUGCCUGUUGUGAGAGCUGGCCAAUCAGGAGCCAGCUUCGAAGGCCACCUGCGCUACGAGUCUCUGCCAAGGGUUAUGUUACAAGUCAAGGGAGAGGGUCGCCUGGACAAAGAGAGGGUUAGACCUCUCCGAAACCCACAAUGCAGCUCUUCUGCUUGUGGGCAGCAACCACACACACACUCCACACAUCCACAUGCUGCCGCCUGACCCCUGCCCCCGCCCCUGAAUAAUGGAAAUCAUAGAUUCAGAUUGGAUGAAGAGGCAACUGAAGGAAUUUUCAAAUGCUCUCGAAUAGUUUCUCCCUGACAAAGGGACAUAAUUGUUUAGUUCUGAUCUAGAAAGGUCUGAAAUUGUUUCUCAACAUUUUGAGACGGCGAAAGCACUAGGUGCUAACUUAUCAAGUAACUUUAUUUUAUUAGAUGCAAAACAAUAUUGAUGAGGUGGUACUCCCCCCUGCCUGACAGAGGUACUUUUAGGACACCUUUGUUUUGUCUCUUAUACUUUUAGGAGUUGUGUUGUAGUUAUUGUAUAAUAACAGUUUUUACUUACUUUGUCUGAAUUUACUUUUGCUUUUAAACUUUUACUUAAAAAAAUGAAACCUUUUGUAACAUAAUCAGUGGAUUAUUUACGUUGGCCGACAGAGCUCAACACACUGCAAAUUAAGAAAACACAUACAAAUAGAAAAAACACAUAUAUAUUAAGAAAAGAACUUCAUAAACUUGACAACACAUGCGCUGCAAAAAGUCACAACACAAGCAAACUCAAAAAAGUGAUGAACCUGGAUGUAGUUCAAUGCUUUGAGAGGUUCCACCAGCACUGACAAGUAGCAGAAGUAAAUGAAAUCUGCUACUCAUCAGUGGUGGUGGAACUUCUCAAAGCAUUGAACUACAGCCAGGUUCAUCACUUUUUAUGUCCCCUGGAAACAUUUCUGGUGUCGCUAUUUGCAGCGUGUCUCUGCAUUUGCUUAUGUUGUGACUUUUUGCAGCGCACGUGUCGUCACAUUGUUGAAUUCUUUUUUCUAAUUGACAAUUUGUUCCCAUUUGCAUGUUUUCUUAAUUUGCAAAGCGUUGAGCUCUCUCUGCCACCGUAAUUGUUCUAUGUGGUGGAAGUUUUACCCAACUCUGAAUGGUGGAUUUGUCAAGUGACAGCUGGUUGUUUAAUGAUUACUUUUUUUUUUUUGCGUUGGUAAUGUUUGAUAAUAAAAGGAAUAUUCUUUCAAUUAUUUGUGCAAAAUAUCUGUUGGUAGUACAUGUGUGAAAGUCUGUUGUAGCAUUGCAGCGGUUUAACUAGCGCGCUGGCUUUGGCUUCCUGCCUCGUGUGGGGGCCAAGGUGUUUUGUAAGGUGUUUUGUAUUCUCUCCUCUUGUGUCCACAGGUGCACGGUUGCGUGCACUUGGCUGUGUACCAGGUGUACCAGAGGAAGCUGAGGCGCAGGGUGAAAGAGGAGAGCGCAGGCUACGACCUGUGUGGGAGGCUGCAGAGGGACAGGGGGGGGGUGCUGUGUUCUCCGUA